AUGAUACCCGCUCUAGCACAGCUGGGCGUGACCAAGCUCUGGAUUCCUCCAGCGUGUAAAGCGGCCGAGCAGAGCGGGAACGGGUAUGAUUUGUAUGACCUGUGGGAUCUGGGCGAGUUUGAGCAGAAAGGUGGGCGGGGGACCAAGUGGGGGAGUAAGGAGGAGUUGGUGAGGAUGGGGGAGGUUGCGGAGCGGUGUGGGGUGCGGGUGUUGUUUGAUGCUGUGCUGAAUCACAAGGUUGGGGCUGAGGAUUGUGAGCUGGUGCAGGCGAGGAGGGUGGAGGAGAAGGAUCGGCGGAGGGAGGUGGAGGGGGGAACGGAAGGGGUGUUGAUUGAGGCGUGGACAAGGUUUGAGUUUCCGGGAAGAGAGGGGAGGUAUAGUGAGAUGAAGUGGACGAGGGAGCAUUUUACGGGGGUGGAUUAUGAUCAUCUCACGAAGCAGAGGGGGUUGUGGAGGUUUGAGGGGAAGGAGUGGGCUGAGGAUGUUGAUGAGGAGCUUGGGAACUAUGACUUCUUAAUGUUUGCGGACAUCGACCACAAACACCCCGAAGUCAGGGCGGAUUUGUUCCGCUGGAUCGAAUGGCUGCCGCAGCAGAUGAAGCUCGGCGGGUUGCGUCUCGAUGCCGUCAAGCAUUACAGCUUCAGCUUCCUGCGCGACCUGGUGACUCACAUUCAGGAACGUGUGGACCCAAGUUGGUUUAUGGUAGGCGAGUAUUGGCGAGAGGACUCCGAGUAUCUGGCCAAGUUCAUCGAAUUCAUGGACCACCGGAUUUCACUAUUUGAUGUGCAGCUGGUGUCGAAUAUCAGCAAAGUAUCGAGGUUAGAGGGAAGGGGGGAUUUGACAAAAGUGUUUGAUGACUCCUUGACUCUGUGGAAACCAGAUCACGCAGUAACCCCCGUCGCACCCUUCUUCAUCCCCCUCGCGUACGCCCUCAUCCUACUCCGCGCCAACUCAGGCCUCCCGUGCGUCUUCUACGCUGACCUAUUCGGCUCCAUCGGCAAAUACCCCGAACCCGGCUUCACCAAUUUCAUCCCCCCGCCUUCCGGCGGCACCGCCAUUCCCAAGAUGAUGCUCGCCCGCAGACUGUGGGCCUACGGCUCGCAGCACGACUACUUUGACGACGCGCACUGCGUCGGCUUCACGCGUCUCGGCCAUCCAUCCCAGUCAGACGGCCACGGCCUGGCCGUCGUCAUGACUAACGCGUGGGAGCACCGGAGCAAGACCAUGUUUGUUGGUGAACGGCAUGCCGGAGAGAUCUGGACGGAUCUGCUCCGGUGGUGCCCCGGUCAGGUCACUAUUGGUGCCGAUGGCUGGGGUGUGUUCCCAGUUGGUCAGCGGAGCGUGGCUGUUUGGGUGAAUACCGCGGCCACGGGCAGGGAAGUGGUGGAUUCGUAUGUUUUGUAA